AGGCUGGUAUUGGGGAGCGCUCACAUCCCUUGAAGCAAGACAAAUUCUUAAUCAGACCACUGAAGGCACAUUUCUCAUCCGGGAUAGCUCGAACCCGGAAUACCUGCUGACUCUUUCAGUCAAAACCAGUUCAGGACCUGCACACCUCCGCAUCGAGUACAAUGAGGGGAAAUUUGGCUUUGAUUCGGUGGUUUUGGCGAGACCAAAGCUCAGAAACUUUGAAGACGUUGUGGAUCUUGUUCAGCAUUACGUUUUGCUGUCCAAGACCACCCAAAGUGCGCACGAGCAGUCAAUCUCACCUGUGACCAAAGACCCAGUCAUUCACCUGAAACUGACCAAACCAUUGUACAUUACAACGCCCUCCUUGCAGCAUCUCUGUAGGAUCAUAAUCAACAAGACGACCAAGAAGACCCAAGAGCUUCCACUACCUUCUCGACUAAAGGAAUAUUUAUUAGAAUACCCCUUCCGUCUGUAAAUCCGUUUGUGUGUCCCAGUUGACCAAUAUAAAUUGCUAUAUAAAAUGCGUGUGGGCAGUCAAUCCAGGGAACCCGUCCUAUCUAGAAAACGACCAGCUUUAUCCGCUAAAACUGAGAUGCAGUGGAAUUCUGUAAAGAUGUGGACUGGAGACAAAUGUACCAAUUUUUAUAUUUUUGGUUAAUUUAAUGUACAAACAAAUGUUUGUCAUUUUCUCAGUAAAAACAAAUCAUUUACACUUUUUUUGGAAGGGGUGGGGUUUGCUGUUUUUAAACUUUGUGUGCCGUGUUUGAGAAGGAACCUGCAUUUUUGUAGAUCCUCAUCAUCUCAAAAUGCUUACCAAGUAAUUGCUGUUAAGUGUAGUGACUGUUUUUGUAGGCGAACACGACAGGCAUUUGCACAAGCAAAGUCCGAGAAGCAUUCUCGGAUUACAAAGGAUGGUUUCACGACAGAUACCAGGAAGGUUUUCUCUUCCCAGAAGGUAAUUAACGGCCGGAACAGGAAGCAUGGUCGAAGCUGGAGGCCGGACUCUAUUUUAAAACAAAACAUUUUGAUUCUGUGAUGGGAGAACAGUGAAGUGCCUGUUCCACAGUGAUGAGAUCAGAUAGGAUCCAAGGGUUGUCUUCAUUCAAAUUGAUCUUGUGAUCUUUUGAUACACGAGCUGAAUGACCAAUUGUGUUGUAUUACACAGGCAUAUUGUUGAUGUGGAUUACACUGUAUAUGGAAUUGUUGGUGCCCGAUGUAGAAUGAUGAGUGAUUGGAGAGUGCUCAGAUACCUGGCGACUGCGGUUAUUCAUGAGCGUGGAGAAGCGAGGAAAUUGGGAUUAAAAGAAAAUGCUUGACCGUUUCAAAUGUAUUUUAAGUGCAUUUUGAAAUAUCCAAGCAACUUUCUGAAUUUUACUGUUAUUUGUGAAUCUAUUUCGAUAUAUUAAAUUAUUCAAACUGAAAUGAUACUCUGCUGUAACCCCAAAGUAUGCGAGAUCUAAUAUUUGGGUAGGUAACAGCUACUGUAUAUUUUUUUAUUAUAUCUUAACACGCGUGUUUUUAAACAUAAAAAGGCAAUAUCUGGCUACUUACAAUUUGUAUUCUUCCUGGGUGCCAUCUGAAUCACAAAAGAAUAAUUAACUUGAAGAGUUACAUGUUUACUGUGGAUUUAGAUAAUUUGGCAAUGAAACAUUGCUCUAAAAUUGUUUGUUUAGGCAGCACGGUAAUUAAUGGGGAGGAGGGAAUUACCAGAUGGCACUGUUAGUGUACAUUGGAAUCUCUGUUCCUUCUUGUUAUGCUGGCCUCCUUUAUUCUGUAUGUUAAAAAAAUAUAUAGGUUAUAUACAGGACUCCUUUGACCUGUCAAAGUUGGUGCUUGUUAUAUUAAGGAUCGUACCGAAUUUUUUUAAAAAAGACUUAAUUGCCAAUCCAUUGUAAGACAGUUUUUUUUUUAAAAAAGCAAUGCUCACUCUCUUGGCAUUUUGUUCUAGAGCUUGUGUGUGUGUAUGUGUAUAUUUAAUACUAUCUCUGUGUAUUCCUAGCAACAAUCUCAGGCAGUUUAAGUGGUUAACGUUUGACACUUUGCCACUUUUCUAUUUUUGACUGUACCAUCUGCAAUGUAACCAGAGGAAUUUCAAAUUGUAUUUGGGCAUUUAAUAAAGGUUUUUUUUCCGGUCUGGCUUAAGCAAAGGGAUGAUGGUAACUCCAAUGUUUGGGUGCUGUUCGGCUAUUGUAGAGAUUGGAUUCUCUUAAUUUACAGUGAAGUUCUGGAUUAUCCCUGACACAUCAGAAAGCUGCUAAUGUCAUUAAAUUACAGCCUUUGAACAACUA